AUGCACGAGCCCGACCCAUUUAUAAUAUAGAUCUUCCAAAACCUCCCAAGUUCUGUUCUUUCGCCUUUAUUCUCUUCGCUUUCUUCCAUUUCGAUUCACCUCAUCUCCACGCUUCAACAAGCAUCAUCUCUCAAAACAUUGCUCUAACCUAGGUUUGAAUUGGGAACAAUGGCUGGGAAGGUGGCGAAGGCAGCUUACGAUGCGAAGAUGGGGAAGCUUCUUCGAGAGUACACACAAGUUUUGGUUGUUUCGGCAGACAAUGUUGGGUCGAACCAGCUUCAGGGUAUAAGGAGGGCACUGCAUGAAGAUUCAGUGGUAGUGAUGGGGAAGAACUCGUUGAUGAAACGCUCUAUUAUCCAGGAAGCGGAGAAAACUGGAAACAACAAUGCUUUCCUUAAUCUUGUUCCUCUCCUUGUGGGGAAUGUUGCGUUGAUUUUUACAAAAGGUGACUUGAGGGAUGUUAGCGAAAAGAUUGCCAAGCUCAAAGUCGUUAAUCCUAUUCUCAUGUGCCCUAAGUACAGGUCAUAUGACUCAUACAAAACUUGUUCUUAUAUGCAAUCCGGACAGUUGCCAUUGGGACUCACAUGUUGUAACCAACAAUGUUCAGAAGCUUCCGAGCCUUUUCUUGUAAGCUCAAAAUUCUCGCCUCCCCAGCAUUGUUACUUGAUGAGAUCGAGACAGUUCUUGUUGACAAGUAUAUGGUCUCCUUUUCUCCUUUUGGCUGGUAAUUUGUGAUGCUGAUAGAGGAUUUUGAUUUUGAUCCCAUGAUUUUUAAUUUCAUUAAGGGAUACCUUUCAUGGGAUUGAUCUUUUCCCCUGGCUCUCUUUCCUGUCAAACAUUUUAUAGUUCAAUUCUUCUUUUGUAGGAAAUGAUGGAGAAUGGAAAUGAUGUUAUUUAAGAAUUCUAUUAUUAGGACUUCUAGUUUACUCAGAAAUGGUAUCCUAUGUUUUAAUAAUGUUCUAAUUUGAUCUGUAUGCUAUGCCACUUGAAAUCUGUUUAUGAUUUUGGUUUUGAUAAAAGAAAUUUUAAGUUACAAUUUUUUAA